AUGGAUGUGUUGAAGGAUUUUGCCAGAUCCAUGUCUGAAAAGGCACCAAAUUCUAUUAAGGAACUAGCAGAGCUGUUCAUUGAACUGACAGCGAAGUUUAUCGAGGCUGUAGCCGAACUUAGGACUGACGUAACGACCAUGAAACAAUCCGUUGAGUUCAACAGAGAGAGCUUCGAUGAGUUCAAUAGCGAAAUCCGGAAUUUACGCCAGGAGCUCACUGCGAUGACGAAGCGGAGUGAAGACAAUGAAGGAGAAUGCCAGACGCUAAGGAAAAGCCUGGGGGAAUUAAAAGAGGAUCUUGUUGAAUUGAAGCAAAAUAGUAGGCGCAACAACAUUGAACUAAAAGGAGUGCCAGAGACAGAGAACGAGAACUUAAAUGACACACUCCAGAAGGUGGCCAAGUGCCUGAAAUUGGAUCUCUCUGCUAGCGACAUACAUAUCGCGCAUAGAAUUCCGGUUAAAGGAUCAGGGCUUCCAAACAUAAUCAUGAAGUUCAACUCAAGGUGUGCGCGGGACAAAUUCUUUAAAGCAGCCAAGAAAAACCGAUUGAACACAAAGAUGAUUGGCUUUGAGGAUAACGACCCAAUCUUUGUGAAUGACCACCUCUGCCCUGAAAACAAAAUCUUGCUAGGCAAGACCAUCCAUUUGAAAAAAGAAAAAGGCUGGAAGUUUGCCUGGGCUGCAAAUGGUAAAAUCCUGGUGAGGAAAGCUGACAAUUCGAAAGUCGUCCAUGUGACCUUUCAAAAAUUGUCUAGUAACUGA